AUGGAUGGUGCAGAGCUUGGUAGCAGAAGAGUUGGAUCAGUUGAGGCUGCCGUUAACUUUUAUGAUGAUAAGAAGCCCUCUUCAAGAACAAGGGAACUCCAUAGAGCAAGAAGGGAUAUUGGAAGGUACAAAGAGAGUAAAUGGACUGCAGAAUCUGCAAAAGCUCAAGCGGAAUCUGAUCUUUCGAAUGCAAAUAAGACAGUGAAACAUCUUUCUUCUAUGAUUGAGGAGUCAAGUUUCAAUGCAAAAACACAAAUGAGAGAUGUAGAAAGACUAGAGAAGAGGGGGAAGGGCCAACAUGGGGCAAUGGCUGUUACGAAGAGUAAUGAGAGUUAUGAGUAUGCACAAGUCAUGAGAGAGUUGGAAUAUCUCAAAAAGGAGUUGUUCAAGCUUAAGCUUGAUGUGUCUUCUGUGUUGGAAGAAAAAUCACGUGCAGAGAAGGAAAUGGAAGCAUCAAACUCGAAGAUGCUCUCGUGUUUAACAACUGCAGAAGAACUUAGAAGGGAGAUUGAGGAGGCCAAUGAGGAACAAGUACUUGCUGAACUGGCCAGGAUUGAGGCUUUAAAAGAACUGGCAGAUAUAGAAGCCCGUAGAGAACAGGAAGUAAACGUUUAUUCAUUCAAAUUGGAAAGCGCGAGGAAAAAGUUGAAGGAUGUCAUUGAAGAGAUUGAUGAAUCAAAGGAACUUGAAAUGAAAUUGGCUGUAACAAUAUCAGAUGUUGAUCUAUUGCAAAAUGAGUUGAAGGCAGCUAAAGAAAUGGAGAAAAGGGUUCAAGGAGAUGGGAGUACGAAGCACUUGGAAGAAAGUUUCAGCAAAAGGGACGAAUCAGUAGACUUUUUACUGUUACGGACUAUAACAGAAGAAUUGGAGGCAGCAAGGAAAGAAUUAGCUUUGGUUAAAGAAGAAGGUUUUCAGUUUAUGGCCUCUAUGGAUGUCAUAAGAAAUGAGCUGAGGCAUGUCACUGCUGAGACAGAUAGAUUGAGGAAGAAUGAAGGAAAAGUGGAUUCAACAGUUCAACAUCUCAAUUCAAAGAUUUUGAGAGCAAAGUCUAAAUUAGAAGCUGUGUCUGCUGCAGAGGAAAAGGCCCGAUCCAUAGUCACGAGUCUGUCUCAUACCCUUGAAAAGCUCAAGACAGAAACAGAAGAAGCAAAAAAGGAAAAUGAGCAUAUAAGCCAAGAGGUUACAGCCACCAAGGAAGAGAUUCAAAAAGUUGAGUUUCAAAUAGACAUGACUGAGGAAAGAUUGGAAGCUGUCAUGCAAGAGCUAGAAGUAGCCAAAGCUUCUGAAGCUCUAGCCCUGGAGAAGCUCAAAACUCUAACUGAAACUACCAUGAGAGAAAGAGCUUUAACAGCACAGCAUAGUUCCUCGAUUACCAUCUCAAGAUUUGAGUAUGAGUAUCUAAAAAACCAUGCAGCCUCAGCAGAAGAAAUUGCUGAUAAAAAAGUAGCAGCAGCAGAGGCAUGGAUUGAAGCUCUGAAGGCCAGUGAGAAGGAAAUACUGAUCGAAACAAAAAUUGCUCAGAGAGAACUCAAAGAAACAAAACUGGAGGUUUACACCAAAGAGAAGUUGCUUUCAAGAAGAGUUAGUAGUGAGGAGUUUGACAAUUGGCCAAGAAAACGAGAGAAGAGUUCAUCCAAGAACUUCCCCAGAGCCAUGUCUAGAAAAAGCAUCAAACUCAAUGGUAGUAUAACACCUGCAAGGGGAGCAAAGUUUCAGAAGAAUGCUUCACCUGCAGUUCGGCUUAUCAGUCCUUUUACUAUUAAGAAGAGAAAGAAGGUAAUACCAAAUUUGGCAAAGCUUUUUAAAGGCAAGAGAAACACUAGGAAUACAUAG